AGACAGUAACUAGGCUGUCAUUCAUCUGUUCCACUUCUAUUUAGAAACUAUACCCUUCUCCAUUCCUCAUUUCGUCUUAGUAGCAAUUACUAUUUCACAUUGAGCAUGCACUCACAAAGGAGCUGCAUUUGCCAUACAAUGGAACGCUAUCUAGAGGUACUUCUUUGAGCUCAUUCCGCCCUUUGGAUACUUUGGCAACCGCGGAAACAACAUUGCAGACGAGACUGAUUUAUCAAUGCAACCACUGUUAUUAAUCUACAAGAAUUAUUCACGCACCACAUCCGGACAACGCAGACGAUCAUGCUCAGUACUCCCACAUUCCCUACAAUGUCUCUGGAUCCUUCCAAUUCUUUCAAAAGCAGAGGGAUUUCUACGGGUACUAGAUCCUUCCCUAUUGCUGGAUCCUUGUGGCCGGCCUCGGGUGCGAGCUACGGCUGGAUUGGUUCUGGAGGUUCACUGAGAAGGAUAUGUAUGGUCGCAGGUGUGGGGUUUGUAAGCUUCCAGUGGGAAUGGAAAUCCUCGAGAUGCAGAAUUUGGUUGGUGGCUAGCCCUGCUCAAAGAGUGUGUGCACAAGGCAGGCCCAUAGAUGUUGUGAAUCCGCUAGUGCACAGAGGAUUUGCUUUGGUUGACGGCCGUUUUGCGAUCACCAACUGCUUGUGCACUUCAUUUAGUGCAAACGAAGGAACUCGUUCUACCACCUCUUGUUAGAAAGGAAUAUCAUAGUGGUGAUAUACCCGCAUACGUUCAACUGAUAGUUUAGCUUCAAAUUCCUUCCGUUGAUUUUCCAGUGCCAGCUUUAAGCGUUGAAAAUCGUAGCGUAGAUCCAAAGUGGACAGCUUUAGGUAACUUUUGACUGUAGCAGAGUGAGCUCCUUCAACUCUUGAAGUGUUAACAUCGCCAAAGUGGAGACAUUGGUUUGCCCAUGCAGAAAUAAAUCUCUCUUUAUAAGGAAUC